UGAGAGCAAAUGAAGCCUGCAAGCAACAGAGCUCCGAACACAGUACCUGUUUGACAACUUUUCAAAGUUUGAGGAUGAACUUGGAAGACGAAUACAUCAAGGAAUACAACUAUAACAGAAUGGACACUCUGGACCUCGGAAAGCAAAAAUACGAAAAUUCCAACACUGAUCUGAAAUCAUGUGAUAUUCAACUGCCUCCCAGGAUCCACCCAUGUGUUAUGUACAAAACAUGGAUAUAUUCUUUGCUUAUGGGGAGUUGUCUCCUAGCAACAUCAGGGUUUUCACUGUACCUUGGCAAUGUCUUCCCUUCUGAAAUGGACUACUUGCGAUGUGCUGCUGGCUCUUGUGUGCCGUCAGCUGUUGUGAAUUUUGCAGUAUUGCAAAACAAAGGGAAAGUGAUAUCACAAUACCAGAUCUUAUUUGUAUCAACAUUCUCAAUUACUACCACCUGCUUAAUCUGGUUUGGGUGCAAACUAGCAAUUAACCCAACUGCAAUCAAUAUAAAUUUUAAUUUGCUUCUUCUAAUUCUUAUGGAAAUUCUUAUGGCUACAACAGUGAUCGUCUCUGCCAGAUCCAGCAUAGAUUAUUCUGAAGCAAACAGAGGAACAGCAUUUGACAGUUCCAGUUGCCUCAAGCAUGAGAAAUUUCCAUCAAGAUUGAUAAAAUCUUUUUCUAUUGUCGAGGUGGUUGUGGGGAUUUCUGCAGUGUUUGGUGGCAUUGUGGCUUUAAAUAUUGAUGCUCUGGUACACAGCCCAUACUUAUAUGUUUCCAUUUUUUGGGUAUUAGCAGCUUGUUUUCCUAGUGCGAUUGCAAGUCAUGUUGCUGCUGAAUAUCCCAGUAAUUACUCGGUGGAAGUCCUGAUUGCCACUAGCAGCAUAACCUCUCCAUUACUGUCUACUACGUCAGCCUACCUGUCUUUCAGCAUAAUGAAAACCAUCGACAUGUUUAGAGUCUACCCCCCAGCUGUGAAUCAUUUUCACGAUCUUCUGCUGCUUCUUCUAAUGCUGAUCUUGCUGGUACAAGCGAUUCUUACGAGUAUCACAGUAGUGCAGUGUGUACAUUACAAAUCACAAAUGACAUUGCUCCAUUCAUCCUGGAACCUUUCAACUUUGACCAAGCCGGAUUACCGAAAUAAUGAUGUAACCAGCAAUUCCGUGAGGGAGUUUGACAAAGACAAAGCGUGGAAGGCUGUGGUGGUGCAGAUGGCCCAGUAAUACAAUCCCUGAUGUUACCUACCAAUUACACGGGAGAAUGUCCAUGGCUCUUGAAUUCUCAUGCUGAAGAUAUUAAGCAUCGUCAUGUCUUUUUCACUUAGCUUUGAAUUGUGGAGAAUUUACAAUGGGAUUUCAAAUUUUAGGUCAAAGUAUCUGUAUUGAAAAAAAAAGGCAACUUUUUGAGAAUGUUUCCAAUUUCGGUAUUUUGCACUAGAAUUUGCAAAGUGCCCACAAUUCCUGAUUUGGUGAAUAAUCAUCUAUGGGUGAGAUAUUUAAGACUGUCUCUGGGAGUAAAAUUGUGGAAUUGUGGAUCAAAAUGGAAAAUUUACCAUGAAAUACAAUUGAUCUGCUCAUGUACACCGCUUCCAUUGUCAACGGUUUUGUCCAACAAUCUCUUUUGGCAUGUAUUACCUGUUUUUUCUGAAAUCUAAAUAUAAAUAGG